AUGUCUUCCACUCAAUCAACUGUUUUCGUCUCCGGUGCCUCUGGCUUCAUCGCUCAAAAUAUCAUCAAGCUUCUAUUAGAACAAAACUAUAAAGUAAUCGGUUCUGUCAGAUCUAAUAAUAAGGCUAAACAAGUUCAUUCAACUUUUGAGAAUAAUCCAAGUUUAUCCUUCGUAAUUAUCGAAGAUCUUUCCAAGUUGACAGCCUUUGACGAAGUGUUCAAGAAAUAUGGUAAGGACAUCAAGAUCGUCCUACACACUGCCUCACCAGUAACUUUCCAAGCCACUGAUCUAGAAAAGGGUAUUUUAAUCCCAGCUGUCAAUGGUGUCAAAUCAAUCCUAAACGCUAUUUUGAAAUACGCACCUCAAACUGUCGAACGUUUCGUCUAUACUUCAUCUGUCCUUGCCCAAGUCAACCCCACAUGGACCGAUUUUAAAAAUGUCACAAUAAAUGAAAAGAGUUGGAACGAUUCCACUUGGGAAGGGUCUCAAGUUGAUUCCUUAACGGCAUACUCUGCCUCCAAGGCAUUCGCCGAGAGAGCUGCUUGGGAUUUCAUGAAGGAAUAUGGUAAUGAAGUUAAAUUUAAGUUAACAACGGUGUUACCUUCAUUCGUCUUUGGUCCUGAAGUGAAAAUUGGCCCUAAAUUGAAUCUCUCUGGCGAAAUUUUGAAAACGAUUAUUCAUGCCACUAGCGAAAAACAAUUGCCAUCGGUAGAUACCGUUUUACGUGUUUCUGUGGAUGUGCGUGACGUGGCAAGGGCUCAUAUGUUAGCCUUUCAAAAAGAGGAAUGUAUCGGUAAGAGAUUAUCAUUGGUGGAAAAUGUGUUCACUUUGCAAGAUAUCUUAGACCUUAUCCAUACGGAUUUCCCUGAUCUGAGUGGGAAUGUCCCGGUAAGAGCACCUGUAUCUAAUGAAAAAAUGCCCAAAGAGCUAUUUGGAUUUAAUAAUGAUGAAUCGAAGAAGAUCUUAGGUUUCAAAUUUUAUGAUUUCAAAACGUCUGUCCAUGAUUCGAUUAAGCAAAUUUUGGACGCUCAGAAAUAA